AUGCAGCCCUGGCCGAGGACUUUAAGAAUGUCGAAGAAAGAAAACAAUUGUGAGUUCCCCACCAGCAGACCAAGACGAGUAGAGUGUCGCAAAACAGCAUGCCUCUGCCCCAAGAAGCAGUAUCCUCACGCUAUUGACCACUCUGAUCCGGCAACCACUUCCAGAAUUGCCUGGCCGGCACAAGACAUAAAUUGCCUUGAGAAAGAUGCACAGUCAGCUCGUUCACGGGCUAGUGACACCAAUGAUGAUGCAUCUGGAACGCUGCUUCUUGCGAACAUUUAA